AUGGAGACGAGCAACAUCACCGAGGGCAGACUGCUAAACAAUGCCUCAGCCAUCACCCUCGUCGACGAGGCUGGUGAUGUUGCCAUUGUUGUCGCCAAUGGCGAUGCUGUCGAUGCUGUCGAUGCAGACGAGCUCGAAGUACCCGACGUACCUGAAACGCCCGAAGAGCCCGACAUGGAUGGCAUGGCCGACGACGAUCUGGACGCAUUCACGCCGACCACUGAGGUCGAGGUGAUGUUCUUCCCCGUCGGUUCGGCUGUAACGCUCAAGGACGACGGCGAGGACGCCGCCACGAAAACGGACAAGGCGCACGAGAAGACUGCGUUUGUCGACGCCGAGGCCGCCCUUGCAUCUGUUCCCACCAGUGAGGCCGCGCUUCCGUGGAUCGCCCCCGACGGCGGCGCCAUUGCCUGGUCCCAAGUCGUUGCCGGCUUUCUCCUCAACACCAUCGCCUGGGGCACCUCCAUGAUGUUUGGCGUCUACCAGCUUCACUACACGCAGACCCUCGGCCUCGACAGCGGCGCCGUCAGCUGGAUCGGCUCCGUCCAGACCUUCUUGACCUACUUUGUCUCGACCGUCUCUGGCCUGCUGGCAGACGCCGGGUACAGUCGGCACGUGACUGCCGCGGGCACGCUGCUCGUUGUGGCCGGUGGGCUCGGUACAUCGUUUGCCGCGCCGGUCGUGCCUUCCACGUCUACAACAACGGGCGGCCCGGUCCCGCCUGCCCUUUUCCUCUGCCAGGCCAUCAUUAUGGGCGUCGGUCUCGGCCUCUUGUCGGCGCCUGCGCUUCCGUCCAUCAGCGCCUACUUCAGCAAGCGCCGCUCGCUGGCCCUCGCCGUGACGACCACGGGCACGAGCGCGGGCGGAGCACUGCUGCCGGUCGUGGUGCAGUUUCUGCUGCCGGCCGUCGGGUUCGGCUGGGCCGUGCGCUGCGCGACACUGCUGGCCCUGGUGGUCUGCACCAGUGCCGGUCUUUUGCUGCGUCCUGUGCCACCGGCGGCGCUUUCGAAGCCGGCGCUCGGCGUCCCUGCGUCUGACGUCGACGCCGGCUCUGGGCGCACCCGCACGGCCCGCCUUGCCGCCGUUGCCGCCCAGAUUGUCGACUGGUCCGCGUUCCGCGAGCUGCCGUUCGUGCUCUUCAUGGCCAACACCUUCUUGCUCUUCUGGGGCCUCUACUUUGGCUACUACUACAUCAAUACCUACGCCAAGGACGUCGUCGGCUUCUCGACCGACCAGGCCACCCUCCUCCUCGUCCUGUCCACCGCCCUCGGCAUCCCCGGGCGUCUCGCCUCGGGCGCCCUCGCCGAUGCCGUGACCGGCGCCCUCGACACCUACAUCAUCACCACCGUCAUGCUCGCCGCCACCGUGUUUGCCUGGCUCGCCGUCGGCACCUCAACCGCCGGCUUGUACGUCUUUGUCGUCGUCUUCGGCCUCUGCAACGGCGCCGCCCAGAGCGUCUGGCUCGGUUCCAUUGCCGAGCUGUCGUCGCACGCGUCCUCGCGCAUUGGCGCCCGCUUCGGCACCGUCUGCGUCGUCGCGGCCGUGGCCACGCUCGCAGGCGCUCCCACGGCCUCGGCCUUGAUUGGCAUGGCCAACGGCGGCGCCAACAACCUGACGCUGGCGAGCACGUACCGCAUUGCGCAGGUCUGGGGCGCCGCAACCACUCUGGCGAGCGCUGGCGUGCUGGUCGCGACGCGCAUUUACACCAUCGGCUGGCGUCUGCGGCGGUGA